GUUUUUCUGCAAAAGUGGGUGUGUGCUACUUGGUUUGCUAAAUAAGAUUCCUCGAAGCUUCAACGGUUAAAUAUAAAAGAACAAUGUCUGCUAGCCCAAAGCCUGUGAAGAAAGUGCCCAUACACUUACAAAGUGCCCAAAAUCGAAUAUAUAUUAAAAACGGCGAAGUCGUAAAUCAUGAUAAGAGUUUUAAAGCAGACGUUUACAUCGAGGAUGGUAUCAUAAAAUUUGUUGGGCCUGCUUUCGAAAUAACAAUACCUGGAGGCGUGCGUAUCAUAGAUGCAACGGGAAGAAUGAUUAUACCGGGGGGCAUUGACCCUCAUACCCAUCUUCAAUGUCCUAUAGAAGACAACGUUACCGUUGAUGAUUUUUAUCGGGGAACAAAAGCGGCAGUGGCUGGUGGCACUACAAUGAUAAUUGACUGUGUACUACCCAAAAAACACGAGUCAAUGGUGGAGGCUUAUGAUAAGUGGCGUAGCUGGGCGGACCCUAAGGUAUGUUGUGACUAUGCUUUACACGUGGGAAUUACUUGGUGGUCCAAAUCGGUUUCCGAGGAGAUUGGUAUACUAUGCAAGGAACUAGGCGUAAAUUCGUUCAAAAUGUACAUGGCCUAUAAAGGCCUCUACAUGUUAAGCGAUUCUGAGCUUUUGGAUAUUUUCGAGCGAAUUAGAAGCCUAAAUGGGGUGGCAUUGGUGCAUGCCGAGAAUGGUGACAUCAUAGCGAAGAAUACCAAAAAUUUGUUAGCCGAUGGAAUAUGCGGGCCCGAGGGGCAUGAAUUGUCACGGCAGGAGGAAGUUGAAGCAGAGGCUGUACACCGCGCUUGCAUUUUAGCCCACCAGAUGAAGACACCUCUAUACGUUGCUGGUGUAACAACCAAGUCCUCUGCCGAACUCGUAGGUCGUGCCCGUCGUAGCGGCUAUUCCGUGUUCGGUGAAACGCUUGCAAGCUCUAUUGGCCGCAGUAUGAGCAGUGUUAGCAAAUCGGAACGAGUUUAUUAUAUUACUAGUCCACCAAUUCGUAUGUCGGCAGAAACGCCAAGGCAAUUAAUGAAAUCUUUAGCAUACGACGAUCUACAGGUCACAGGGAGUGAUAACUGCACCUAUAAUAAGAAACAAAAAGAACUGGGUUUAUUUGACUUUACUAAAAUACCUAAUGGUGUUAAUGGUGCUGAGGAUCGAAUGUCGGUGGUGUGGGAGAAGGGAGUACAUCAGGGCCUUCUUGAUCCAUGUAGAUUUGUGGCUGUAACUAGCACUAAUGCCGCAAAAAUUUUUAAUAUUUACCCACAAAAAGGACGAAUUGCUGUUGGCUCGGAUGCUGAUAUUGUUAUAUGGAAUCCACAGGCUACACGCACCAUUUCUAAAGAAACCCAUCAUCAUGCUUGUGACAUAAAUAUUUUCGAAGGUAUGACUGUUCAUGGUGUGGCUGAAUAUGUAUUAGUGCGCGGACGAAUUUGUGCCGAGAAUGGAUCUAUUCGCGUUGCAGAAGGGUUUGGACGUUUCAUACCGAUGCCCCUACGGUCGCCAUUUGUUUAUGACAUUAUUGAGGGAAAAGUGCGAUCAUCUGAAGAGCAGCACGAGGAAAAUCAAAACGGCCACUUGGCUAAAAAAUUUGCGGAAUUAGACAUUUUAAUACCAGAAGAAAAAAAUAUAACUGCAAUGCUAGCUGGUAAUAUGCCAUUGGCGGCAGGAGGUUCCCCAUGCAGCACGCCAUCUGUGCGUGGCCGUGUUGAUGGCCAUCGAGACAUGCAAGAAUCAUCUUUUUCGAUUAGCGAGGAACUAGACAAAUCAAGUGUUCGUUCUUGUAUUAAAGUAAAGAAUCCGCCAGGCGGGAAAUCAUCUGGAUUUUGGUAAUGCAAUUGGCGUCUCU